CUAACGUUUGCAGCAUCCCAUUUUAGCUCCGAGCUUUUUCUUCACACUCGAGUUCACUGCAAUGGCGCCGACGAGCGUGAAGGUGUUCGGAUCGCCGACGUCGGCGGAGGUAGCCCGCGUGCUCAUGUGCCUGUUUGAGAAGGACGUGGAGUUCCAGCUCAUCCGCGUCGACGCCUACCACGGCGCCAAACGCAUGCCCCAGUACCUCAAGCUCCAGCCGCGCGGCGAGGCGCUCACGUUCGAGGACGACAACCUCACCCUCUCCGAGUCGAGGGGCAUCCUGCGGCACAUCUCGCACAAGUACGCGAAGCAGGGCAACCCGGACCUGAUAGGGUCGGGGGCGCUGGAGCGCGCGUCCAUCGAGCAGUGGCUGCAGACGGAGGCGCAGAGCUUCGACGUGCCCAGCGCCGAGAUGGUCUACAGCCUCGCCUUCCUGCCGCCCGCCAUGCCGCAGCAGCACCAGAACGGCAACGGCAACGGCAAUGGUAAUGGCUAUGGCAACAACAACGGCAACGGCAACGUCAACGGCAUGGGUAAGGGCAUUGUCAAUGGCACUGGCAACGGCGCGGUGAACGCGUCGACGAAGCGCGUGUUGGCCGGGGCGCCACCGGGCACGACCAAGGAGAAGGAGGAGGAGAUGCGGAGGCUGUUCGAGAAGAGCCAGAGGGAGCUGGAGAAGCUGCUGGACAUCUACGAGCAGCGCCUGGAGGAGGCGGCGUACCUGGCCGGGGACAAGUUCACCAUCGCCGACCUGUCGCACCUGCCCAACGCCGACCGUCUCGCCUCCGACCCGCGCUCCCGCCGCAUGUUCGAGCGCCGCAGGAACGUCAGCCGCUGGUGGGAAGACGUCUCCCGGCGCGAGUCCUGGGCCUACGUCAAGAGCCUGCAGCGCCCGCCCUCCUCCAACGGCGCCGACGCCGACGCCGACGCCACGCACGCGCAGAACGGACAGAAGCGCGUCGACGGCGACAACGACAGCAAACUCCAGCGCAACCAGUACGGCGACAACGACAACAAUCACCAGCGCAACCAGCACGGCGAGGCCAAGGACUACCAGCAGGGCCGGCCGGCCGCCGACGGGCGGUACUGA